CAAACCAAAAUCUCCUCUAGAUUCCAAAACAUCUCCCAUUAAACCCACAACUGGUGAAGAUUCUGAAGAUGAAUUUGAAUUAAAGAAACCAACAAGUAUUGGCGCGAAGCAUUCGAUGUCUCCACAAGUUUUUGAUUUACCAGAAUCUCUAGACAAAUCGGACAAACCAAAAUCUCCUCUAGAUUCCAAAACAUCUCCAAUUAAACCCUUAGCUAGUGAAGAUUCUGAAGAUGAAUUCGAAUCAAAGAAACCAAAAGCUAUUGACUUGAAGCCUUCGAUGCCUUCACAAUUUUCUAAAUUACCAGAAUCUCUAGACAAAUUGGACAAACCAAAAUCUCCUCUAGAUUCCAAAACAUCUCCCAUUAAACCCACAACUGUUGAAGAUUCUGAAGAUGAAUUUGAAUUAAAGAAACCAACAAGUAUUGACGCGAAGCAUUCGAUGUCUCCACAAGUUUUUGAUUUACCAGAAUCUCUAGACAAAUUGGACAAACCAAAAUCUCCAUUGGAUUCUAAAGCAUCUCCCAUUAAACACACUAAAAGUGAUGAUUCUAAAGAUGAAUUUGAAUUAAAGAAACCAGCAGGUAUUGACUCGAUGCCUUUGAUAUCACCACAAGUUUUUAAUUUACCAGAAUCUCUAGACAAACCGGACAAUCCAAAAUCUCCUCUAGAUUCCGAAACAUCUCACAUUAAACCCACAGUUAGUGAAAAUUCUGAAGAUGAAUUUGAAUUAAAGAAACCAACAAGUAUUGACGCGAAGCAUUCGAUGUCUCCACAAGUUUUUGAUUUACCAGAAUCUCUAGACAAAUUGGACAAACCAGAAUCUCCUCUUGAUUCCAAAACAUCUCCCAUUAUACCCACAACUAGUGAAGAUUCUGAAGAUGAAUUUGAAUUAAAGAAACCAAAAGCUAUUGACGCGAAGCUUUCGAUGCCUUCACAACUUUCUGACUUACCAGAAUCUAUGGACAAAUCGGACAAACCAAAAUCUCCUAUAGAUUCCAAAACUUCUCCAAUUAAACCCAUAGCUAGUGAAGAUUCUGAAGAUGAAUUCGAAUCAAAGAAACCAAAUGCUAUUGACUCGAAGACUUCGAU